AUGGUCCUUGGAACGACAUCAGGUAAAUGAAACAAUCCUACAGCAAUCAAAAUCUCACCUGAUUAGUAAGAUCGUUGCAAAGAAGUUAAAAACCACUCACCGCUCAAUGACACGUAAACAGCGGCAAUGGGUUCUUGGUCGUGAUAAUAGGAAAAAUUGACUUCUUCGAGAAAAACCUGUCACUUAAAUGCAGUUUAAAGGAGUAAGUUCUUCAAGAAAACGUUAGCGUGCUCGUGUGAAUGAAUAGAGCUUUAGACUAUGAACUCAAUUUAUGAAUAGCAUCAGUUUCGACAUGACAUUCCGACCUGCUUAACGUAACUGAAUAUUUCGGAAACAAGUUUUUUUUUUCAAGUUUCGAUAAAUAAUUUUACAAAUUAAUAACUGCUCAGUAUAUAUUUCAUUUUGGUUAAGUUUCUUCUUUCCCUGGGGGAAAUGGAGCGUUGAGAAUGAGAAAAUGUGAGGUGUGCUUUGGAAGCCGGUAUAAGCAUUCUUUAAUUUUUAGUUGGGAAUUGAGAAAGUAGUAGGCUUGCAUUGCACUAUUGUUUUUUGCCAUUGCUGUUGAUGGGUUUUUUUUAUUUAUUUAUUUCUGUUACUCUUCUUUUUUUCUCUUUUUUCUGUCUCCCUUUAUUGUAUAGUACGUUACUAAUUAUUCCAGUAAACAGUGUUUUAAAAAGGAAAUUUGAUUUCAUAACCUUAAAAACCAGCUGAUUGUUUCCAGCCCGAUCACAGUCAUUCGUUUUCUUCGAAGGAUAAUUAGGGCGUUUUUAUUAAUUUCUUUCAGUAAAUAAAAAAACUAAUUUUUAACGAAAAUGUCUGUACAGCACACAAUUCUUUGCCAAACUGUUCAAACAUUAACUCGGAAAUGCACAAGAAAUUUGCUUUGUUUCGCUCAUCUCUUUAGAAUGAUCUGAAGAAAACAAGUCAUAAUAAUAAAUAAUUUCAAACCAAUCUGUAUCACUUGACGAAUGGAGUUCUUGUAUUAUUUUGCUUCAUUUCACUUCAAUUUUAAAAGUGACCCAGUGAAAAACAUUGGGUUGAAUAAAUUAUUCCAGAUAAACCCUUAAUCAUUAAUUUUGGUUUUGUUUAAGUUUAUUUUUCGGAUAUUUUCGUUUCUUUCCAAGGUUUCAAUACGAAGUUUAUAAGUUGCUCAGUAAAUGGUUUAUCUUCUUUAAUUUGAAAAAGAAAUUUAUGAAAUAUAGGCAUUACGAAAAACUCGCAUUAAGAUGGCUUACUACAGUUUUCGGAUGAAAACUAUCGACGCUUAUUGAUUCACUGCAACACCUUGAAUUUCAAGACAAACCUAUCCUAGCUACGAACUGGUCAAAAAUCCGCGCUACAACAUUCACUGUUUUGACGUUAUACUAAUGUUUCUAAGCAAGAUUAUGGCUCUUGUUCCAAAUUAAUGCGGACAAUACAUAUAUCCACUCAGUGUGAGUAUUGUCAAUGUUUCACACUCAAAAGAUGCGAUAAAAAAGCACUAAAAGUCCAAUUGUAUCGAAAACUGUAUCGAAACACCUUAAGAAUGACUGUUGCAAGUAUGUCGCGCACAAUAAAAGACAAUGAGCACGCGAAGUCGUCGCCGGCAACUUUAAAUGUUUAAGUUACACUCUGUAAGUUUUAUUGUGCUUGUACGAUUCACACCGCAGACUUUACUAUGUAUAAUAAACUCUAAACUUCUAGUGCUUUGCAAACUGUUUAAGGACAUUGCUACAAUAAUUGUUUGAAAUGUUACCUUUGUAAGUCAUCUGCUACUCAUUACAAAUUUAAUUAACUGAUAAUGUAACUAUACAGUAAAAAAGUACAUGUUAGGUUUACGCCGAUAUACCAAAAUUUUCGGUAAUUUUACGGCACAUAUCGUCAGGAGUUUCGAUACAACCAUAUAACUUUAAUUUGCCGCUCCCUUGGAAUAUCGUUAUAUCGGGUUCCACUACAUCAUGUUUUCGCGCGAUUUCAUUGAUGACAUUCGGAUGGUAUGGGAGGCGGAUUCAUCGUGACGUUAUUGUUUAUGUUCUUUUGUUCAUUAGAAUUCGAGUUAAACCAUAGAUGACGAAGCCAUGUAAACAAUUGAUAGAGCUGGUUAAUUUAAGCAGUUUUUGCUAUUUUCAGCUCUUUGCAAUCAAUAAAAAAGAAAAUAGCAGCAAUCAAAAACUGCGAAAUUGCUCCCUGGUUGGCAAAAGUUGUAAAUUUUGGGGCUUUUGAAAAAGAGACUGUUCUAGAUAACUGAAAUUGUUAUGCUCGUUCAAUAUUCAGAAAUUUUAUUUUUAUAAUUAUUAGCUUCAUCAGAUAACGGAAAAAAAUGUAAACAAGGAUGGGGGGUUGCCUAAUAUAGAUAGAUAGAUAGAUAGAUGCUUUAUUGUCUUAAUACCUUGCAGCCAUAGGCUGAAUUACGAAAGACAUUACAAUAAAAGGGCAUUACAAUAAAGACAUUACAAUAAAAAAAAAUAAAUAAAUAAAAAUAAAAAAAGUAUAUAAAAUAUAACAAUAAAAAGGUAAAAAGUAUAAAAUUGCUACUAUAACUAACUAAUUAAACACUACUAAGCGCAGAAAACGUGACUAAAAAUGAAAAAAAUGAUAUAAUAAAGCCCCUUCCACACGCACUUCUCUUUGUUUGAAAACGGGGAAUUUCCUCGUCGAUUAGGCCUACUCUCCACGCGGUCACUGAAAACGCGUCUUUCAAAAACGUUCUCCAAAACCAGCUUCUUGCUUUUCUUGUGGACGAAGUUUUCGAAAACGAAAAUGUCAUGUCAUAGAGCGCAUGCCCUGUAAGGGAUAGUUUACAGUACAAAGCUUGCAGUGUUAUUUUUGCCAGAGUGCUGUGUCUAUAGAAGACUGUUCUUCUAGGCAGCUCAAGAUUACAUGUCCUAGUCAUCUAGAGGAACCCUUGUGUGCUGAAGUGAAAAUAAAAGCAAUUACAAAUGGAGGAAAAGAAACCUAUGUUUAUACCAGAGGUAAGGUUUUACUGUUAAAUAAACAAUGACGGGAAAACAUAUUGCACUGAUCAAUUCUUGAACCGGACAAAAAUUUUCGAUGAACUUACUUUAGAAAUAAUUUGUUGUUUAAUGGCAUUAAUUCACCCCUUACAAAAAAUGUAAAAUUCUCGAUCGACUGAAUUGCCGAUUUAUCACCCAAUUUGGCAUUUUAUGGCCAGACUUGGUGGUUUUUUUGCUCAAAGAAGGAUUUCCUCAGAAAACAUGGUACUUUGUAUGGUCUUCUCGUAUGUUUUUCUUUUUUUGGAUUAUUCUCAGCAACAAUAAUCACUAGCAAUUGCAACUAAUUCCUGUUGUAGUUAUUUGGCGGAAUGAUAUUGCGCAGUUCAUAAAACUUUAAAACAACCCAAAAAGCUUUUUUCGCAUUGACUGCAUUGAUUAUUGCCAAUUUCAGUGAUCAUACAGCACGUAGCUAGUUUCCUAAAUAAUCUGGUACUUUUUACACACAGAUUGUACUGCGAAGCGGUUCUGCACGGAGGUAAACUCAUGUGGAAUGAACUGUAAUUUAAAGUGUUGCAGCGAUGACUUAUGCAAUGGUGGAGACGAUGGAAAAGGUGGGUUUUCGCUGAUAGGCGGGAAUUUAAAAAGUGAUUGUCUAAUCGCUAUUGGACUUAAAAAGCGCCGUUUGAUGUUCGCCCUUUUCAGGCAUAAUGAGGCAAAACGUUAACUAAAAAUAAUGUCUUGUACAAGCUUUACCUUUUGAUGUCUAGUUCGUGGGCUAAAAAAAGGCUUUCCGAGUUAGGACCUAAAUUGCGUUAUUUCUUCUCCUCCCUAAUCUUUUGACUGGGCGUUCAUUUCGCCCGGCGUGAUUUCCAGUAAAAGUUACAACUGAAUAUGCUUUGCGUACAAUAACAACUUAUUUCAUUACAUCUAGGCUAGGGCCGCGCCAGAUCUGUGAAUUAAAACAACUUUUGCAUCAGCGGAUUUUUAAAGGGUUAUUCAUGCUGUUUGCUAUUUUUUUCUUUAGUUGGGAGUUGUUGCGUCCGUGCCUUUGCACGUAGCUAAAAGUUUGACCGGUUUCAAGCUCGCAACAACACGCAGCAACAUGCAACAGGGUGUACAAAACAACAUGUAACAUGGCAAUGUUUAGAGUUGUUGGCCAACAAUGUGCGUCCGGUUUGAGAUGUCAUGAUGUUACUUCAUGAUGACGUCACCGUUGUAGGCAGGGCUUCUGCUUUUGCUAAUUGACAAUUCACGUAUUAUAAUACACAUGGAUCAGAUUGGGGGACUUUUGCUUUAAAAACUAAUUUCUAAGCAAUGUAUUGUUUUUUUUUUCAAUCCUUUUAUAUUGUAAAUCAAAGCCGACCUCUCUUUGACGGUAACUGACAUGUAAAGGUUUUGAAACGCAAAGUGCCUGUUUCUUUUUUUUUAAACUCAACAGACUGAAAACUGUCAUUAUACGACUGAUUUAUUAUCCUCUAUGUUAUCCACUCAUCCAGGGAGCUCUAAAAAGAGGCAGGAUGGAAGACGAUUCUUCAGAUUGAAUGAUCUCCUUGAAGGAAAGUCUCGAUGA